UACUUUUGCAAAUUAAGGCGCGGAUUUGAAUGUUGAUUUCGUUCCUUUCCUACUUGAGGAUAAUCUUGUUUAUUUUAACACAUUUCGUGUUUCCUAGAAACACCAAAAUGACCUACAUUAAGGUCGAAAACAUUGCGAAAAUAAUAAAAAAUCAUCCUUCCCGAUAACAUACAUGCAUUCUGAAAUUAAAAAAACAAAUCAAUUGUGUUGUUAUUCUAUAAAAACAAUCUCGUCUACUAUUAUUUGAUCAAAAACUAUGGCUAAUUUCUGUGAGGGAUUACCUCAAAAUGUUCAAAGAAUUGCUGCAAAAGGAAAUCUGACCUCUCCACGUGAAAUAAUAUUGACUCCAAAUGAAAGAAUUUUAAGUUUUGGGGCAAGUGCCGAUGAUGUGAGAAUUCUAAAAGCAGCCGCUGCUAAAUUCAUUGAACAGAACUUUGUUACAGCUGGAGAAUCACUCCUUCCAAAAUAUGCUUCCAAAUGGUCUCGUAUUUCAUUUGGUUGUCCAGCAUUGGACAAAUGCUCCCGUGGUGGCAUUGUUACCCGUGGAAUAACUGAAAUUUGUGGAGAAUCUGGAGCUGGGAAAACUCAAAUUCUCCUUCAUUUAUCUCUAACAGUUCAACUUUCCCCGAAAAACGGUGGAUUAGGAAGGGGUACAGCUUUUAUAUGCACAGAAGAUGCUUUCCCAUCUAAACGUCUGUAUCAGAUUGCAGAAGAAUUCACUAAAAGAUAUCCGGAAGAAAAUAUAAACUAUUUAUCCAACAUAUACAUCGAGCAUGUCAUUGAAAGUGAUGACUUGCUGAAGUGCGUCAAUCAAAGGUUGUUGAAGCUCAUGGAGACAUCAACAAUUGGUUUGAUUAUUAUCGAUUCAGUUGCUGCAGUCUUUCGUAUAAAUCCAAAUAUUAUUGAAAGAGCUAAAGAGAUGCGUAAACUUGCCAACAGCUUGCUAUUGUAUGGGGACAAAUACAAUUGUGGAGUAGUUUGUGUAAAUCAGGUGACAACGGUCAAUGAUGCAAAUCGAAAUGUGCCAUGUCUUGGCUUGGCAUGGGCCCAUUUGGGUCGCACAAGGAUUAAGAUUUCAAAAAUACCAAAACAGAUAUCAGUUGAUAAGCAUUUGAUAUCAUUAAGGAGAUUUGAGAUUAUGUAUUCGCCAGAUAGUCCAAAUGAGUUUACUGAAUUUUUGAUUACAUCGAAAGGAAUUUGUAGUGCUGAGGAAGCUCUUUCUAAGAACUAAAAGUAACUUUAAUAAUAAUUUAUUUAAUUUCAAAAAUUGUCACAUAAGUUGUAGUAAAAACUUAAUAAUUAAAUACCUUAAUUUUAA